AUGAAAAUCACAGUGACAGCUCUGAUCCAGAAGCCCUCAGUGUUGACUCCUCCUCUGACAGAGGGAGAACCAGCUACUCUGACCUGCACCGCCCCGGGGAUCUGCUCUGGAACUCCUCCUAACAUCACAUGGACAUGGAGAGGAACUGGAGACAACAUCACUGAGCUCAGAGACAACACCGCCAUACAGAUUAGAGAGGACCUGACCAGUGUGACAACAACCCACUUCUCAAUGUUGACCUUUACCCCCUCAGCUGAACACCACAACAUGAUGGUUAAGUGUCAAAAACUCUUUGCACUUAAAGAUGUGAAAGACCCUCAAAUAACUGGAAAUGAAAUGGUGAAGGAGGAUGGUACCCUGGAUCUGACCUGCAGUGUUAACAGUUACCCUCCAUCUGACAUCACUUGGAGUAAGAACGGGACAAGUGCCCCACUUCAGAAUUUCACGGAAAAUGCCGCUCUCACCAUCUCCAAUGUGACAAGAGAACAUGCUGGGGAGUAUGUGUGUACAGUUCAACACCUUAACAGGACUUUGACAGCUUCCAUUGUUGUCACUGUGAUGUACCUUCCUGUGAUUCUUCCUGGCUCUGGGUGUGUGGACCAGGCAGAGGUCAUGACCUGUGUGUGUGUCAGUCAGGGGGUUCCCUUACCCCUCAUAGAGUGGCCACUGCUGGAGCUCAACACAGAGAGGUGCAGCCCCACUACGUCAGUGUUGGGUUCCUCAGUGAACAGCACCAUCAGCCUGCCUGUUAGAAACCACAACAACAUCACUGUGGAAUGUGUCAGCAGAAAUGUUGUGGGUGUAGUGAGAGAGAAGCUGUACGUCUACCAAAAUAAGAGCCAAGAAAAGCAAAGAGAGGAAUGGGAAGGCAUUAUAGCUAUGCUGUCGGACCUAAAACUGAUUACUGCAUUUGUGAUUGGUGCAGCCCUCUCAGCCACCAUCUGUUGUAUCUUCCUGUGUUUGAAAGGGAAAUGUAAAAGGCAAAAAGAGAGGAUCCCAAAGGACUCAGACUCUAAAAGCCCUUUCAUGAACCUUGAGAUGGUGACAUGUGAAGACCAACAGACAAAUGCAGGACAGGCUGUGGACGGCGAACAGACCCCUCUGCAGUUGGAGCUGAGGGAGGGAGCUGAAAAUGGAGGGCCCCAGACCAGUGGAGCCGGGGGAAAAUUUGCCACAGGGGAAGAACUAAAUGAAGUGGACUAUGCCAGAAUCAACUACUCCCUGCUGAAGAAGAAGACUCUUGAGGAGGCACAGAAGAAGACCACCACCACAGAGUCAGACUACGCCAAAAUCAAAAGAGAGAAGAAGAAAGAAGGGGAUGACGAUGGAGGAGAGGGGAGUGGUAUGAAUAUGGGGAAGGAUGAGGAGAAAGGGAACGGUAAGCCAGCAGCAGAGACAGAUGAGGAUACAGCGCUUUACUCCAACGUCAAGGCUAUUAUGGGUGGUGGUGAGUGACAAAGCAAUUUUCGCUAGAAACGUGGGGGAUGGCAUACAGUAUUAGCCAUGGGUUCUUAAAUAAUUUUCUGAACCCGAAUUGAGUUUUAUGAUGAUACUGGGAC